AUGCGUAAGAUCGCCAUUGAAACGGGCAGGAAUCCGUUGAAACCUACUGUUGCUUUUCAGUACAUGAUAAAUUCAAAAGGAUCUUCUCCUGCUGAGAUGCUAGGUAGUGGUUACAAAACAGUACUAAAACCUGCACUUGUGGCUCGUGCUGAGGAGAAAAAAAGGAUCUGUCUAUCAAAUCUUGAAAACUUUAAUGAUCUACAAAAGCAGUUGCAAGGAAAUGUUAAUGUUCUAGCGGAGGGAAGGGAUAAUAUUUCCAGUCUCCAGGCAAAAAAUGACGAGGUGGUUGCUCAUUUGAAUUUACUGGAUCGUGAAAUUAUAAAUGAUGAAUCAAGAUUCACAUCUGAAGCUGGACAAAUGAAAGAUGAGUUGGAGAAAAAGAAGAAUAGUUUGAUUUCUCUUGAAAAGCAGGCAGAUGGUUUUUUAAAGAUAUCGGAGAAGAGGCUCCAAGAUGCAACACUGAAAGCUGACGAAGAUACUGAGGCGGCUGCUAAGGCACUGCUGGCGCUUCUUGAUGGCAUGACUGAACAUAAAGAGUUCAUGGAAACAGCGAUUGCUCAGAGGAGGACGGACCUCUAUGAAGCUGCACAGUAUAUAGCCCACCUGUUCGGCUGACGUCAUCACCCAAGUACCCAACCCUCCUGAUUCCUGAAUUCUGCAGUAAUCUUUUGACGUGAUCGCCCAAGUGCCCACAAGCCUUUCUGAUUGGAUUCUGAUGCAGUUUGUGCCGAGUUUUCUGUACUACUUGCGACUACUAGCUACAGCUAGUUCCGUUGAAGUGAUCCAGUGAUUGUUCAAGGUGAACAACGAGAGCUGUUUCACUGUUUGUGUAUGUAGGAGUAACUAGUUACCUGCUGCUUUCCUCCAGCUCAAGACGGCCUCUGAACUUGAGACUUGAUCUUGAGUGGUGUCAGCCUCCAUGACAAUGUCCCGAUGAUUAUCAUGUUCAUGGGCUUGAGGUUUCUAUCCGCAUGGCUCAA